AUGUCCGCUCCUUCAACGAGUUCUGCUUCAGCGUCUUCUUCGACGGCACCCGACAUGACCUGGCAAACCUCGUACGACGUGCUCAUCGUAGGCGCUGGUAUAGCGGGCAGCGCACUCGCACAUGCGCUCACGACUUCUACGGCCUCGACAUCUCGUGCGAAGCCUUUGCGCGUAGCGCUGCUGGAGCGGUCGUUUGCCGAGCCGGACAGGAUCGUUGGAGAGCUGCUACAGCCGGGUGGAUGGGACGCUCUGCGCGCGUUGGGGCUGGAGGAUUGCGUGGAAGAAAUAGACUCGAUACCCGUACGCGGGUACGCGGUGGUCAAGGAUGGCUCGGCAGUGCGGAUCCCGUACACAAACCAGCACGAGGGCCGCUCCUUCCACCACGGUCGAUUCGUACAACGCUUGCGGGAGAAAGCCAAAGCCGCGCCAGGCGUAGACGCGAUAGAGGCGACCGUCACAACUCUCGUGGAGUGCCCCUUCUCCGGCCGCAUCAUCGGGGUCCAAGCGCGCAGGACAGGCGCGGAAGAGCCCGAACCGUUCUACGCCGACCUUGUCGUCGUUGCCGACGGCUGCUUCUCCAAUUUCCGCACGCAGGUGUACAAGGCUAAACCGCGGACCAACUUGAUCAGCCAUUUCGUCGGUCUGAUUCUCACCGACGCGCAACUGCCUAUCCCGAACCACGGCACCGUCUGCCUCGUACAUGGACAUGGACCCGUUUUAUUAUACCAGAUUGGCACGCACGAUACGCGUAUGCUGGUAGACGUUAAAGCUCCGCUUCCCGCGGACUUGCAAAAACACAUCGCGACCGAGAUCCUUCCACAGCUCCCCGCGGCAUUGCACCUACCAAUUCAAGCCGCGCUCGACGCCGACCGUAUCCGUCGUAUGCCCAACACCUUCCUCGCCGCGGCCGAACAGGGCGGCAAGUCGACGAAGGAAGGCGUCAUACUUCUCGGCGACGCCUGGAAUAUGCGUCACCCUCUUACCGGCGGCGGGAUGACUGUUGCGUUCCACGACGUUCAGCUGCUCACGCCACAGUUGCUUGCGCUGAAAGACCUGAACGACUGGGAUGCGGUCAGCCAUAUGCUGCAUCGCUGGCACUGGGCGAGGAAGCCGCUGGGCGCGACUGUCAACGUACUUAGCGUGGCGCUCUAUCAGCUGUUCGGGGCCGACGACGAGUACUUGAGCGUGCUGAAGGACGGAUGCUUCGCCUACUUCGAGAAGGGCGGGAAGUGCGUCGACGAGCCCGUCGAGUUGCUCUCUGCAGUUCGCGCCGACUUGUGGCUACUCUUCUACCACUUCUUCUCCGUCGCGUUCUACUCGAUAUACAUCAUGUUCACCCGCCCGCGCCUCGUCUCUGCACCUGGUGACAAGCCGGUCUACGCCGUGCCGAGGGUAGACGAGUAUCCCGCGCUUGCGCUCAAGUCAUUCUUCGUUUUUUGGACGGCAUGCACUGUGUUCGGUCCGCUCUUAUGGACAGAGGUUAGGUGGUGGUAG